GGUGCUAUUUCAGAAGUUUCGAGAGAAACAGCGACCAGUCAGAUGCGUAUCAACAAAAGGGAAUCACGAGAAGAAACGACCAAUUCUGAUGUGCAAACAUCUACCUAUCUUGAUAAUGUUAAAGAUGUUUGUUUUGAAAAAGGUGGAUGUCCUACACAGGAUACUUUGAAUGAAUACGGGUGGUUUUGCAACUGUGAUAGUGAGUGUGAACAUUACAACGAUUGCUGCCUUCAGCACAAUUCAAAAGCAGAAAAUGUUCACCAUGUUUAUCAGUGUAUCAAGUUCAAAACUGAUGAUACGUCAUUGAUUGGUUUUCAAGCCAUAUCAUCGUGUUUACUAGAAUAUGAGAAUCAAACUGUUCAAGAUAAAUGUCUUGUUAACAACUUACUAGAAACUGGAACUCCUGUUGUUGUUGGCAAAAACUCUGUUUUUAAAAACAAAUAUUGCGCUCUUUGCAAUGAUGUGAAAACAUACAUUCCUUUUGAUGUUACAUUUUACGAUGUAAAAAUGACUUCUGCAGAGUUUGACUAUUUUCAAAAUCAAACAACAAAAUCAAAACUUAGUUAUAUUUUCAUGCAUGGUGAUUUCAAACUAGAACCACCUCCAAAUAGUGAUCUCAGGAUUUGUCCAGCAAACUUAAUAGAAAACAGUCAUCCUCGUUGUCAAUCGUAUGUAAAUCCAACAUUUAUACCAGUUGGAAGGGGUUAUCGUCUAUACAGAAAUGAGUUUUGUAUGCCUGAUCAAGAAAAACAGAAAUAUUUCAUUUGUAUGGCAAAUAUCAUGGGAGUGCUGUGGCGAUUGAACGAGAUUCAUAGUUUAUCUGUCAUAUUCUCCUUCAAGGAACCAAAGAUGAUGACAGCAAGUAGUAACGAGUGUGAAAAGUGGUCUGAAGAGGUAGAAAGAAGUAACCUGUGUGUGCAUCUGGAGACGUACGCCAAUUAUGAAAUAAACCUGGAAUAUAUCAUGAUAUCAAUUAAAAAUCAUACGAAGGAGGAACUUAUUGCAAUAGGUUUAGUGUCUGUAUGGACACUUGUCGUGACAGAUUUUACACAGUGUUCUGGCUAUUUUCGAAUGUACGAAAGCGAAAAUAAAAUGAUGGUGAAAGUGAGCAUAUCACUACAGAUCUUGAAGAAGCUAUUUAGUCACGAGAUUCCUGUAGUUGAAAAAUCUUUCCGAGAUCAUAGAGUAGAUAUUGUUAUGAAGGAAUAUGACACAGACCAAAUUACUAUGAUUAAAACAAGAAAUCCGAUUUCAAGUACAACAGAUGAUUCACAUCAAUUUAACAAAAUAUUUUUUAAAGCUAUCGUUCCUGAUCAGAAAGAAGUGUUUUUAAAGUAUUUACUCUCAACUGCAAAUAUAAAUAUAACUGUCCAGAACGAGAAACUUUGCAGUCAUCAAAAGAUAGCUAUCGACGUUACCCAAGAUGGAGGAUUGUAUAUCGGGUCCGAUGCGAUAUAUUGCAAUGAAAGCAAACAAAUGUCAGAGAGCACAAUUUCAAUCGUACGUUUGCCAACACUAGCCAUAAUAACAUAUGCCUGCUUUUCAAUAUCCAUCAUUGCUCUGGCAAUUUUUAUAGUUUUCAAUAGGAAACAUAGAUAUCAUAACAGUAUCCCUGGUUCAAAUAUGGAAAACUUGUCAACGUCACUUAUACUGGCCAAUAUUUUGUUCCUAUUUGGUAUAGGUGCAUCAAAGAUUUCUGUGAUAUGCUAUGUUUUUGGUAUAAUUCUUCACUAUUUAUGGUUGACCGUUUUCACCUACAUGACAAUAGCAGUAGCCCAUAUUGUGUUUAGUCUUUCACAAAUAAGAUACCGUCGUUCUGUCCCAAGUGAAGAUGCCAAUAAGCGUCGCACUGUAACUUUCAUAGGGCUAAUUGUACCGUUAUUCGUCGUCAUACCCGCAGUAUGUAUUGAUCAGUUCUGUCCAAAAUAUCGGUCCCUUGGAUACGCUGAUUCUGGGUGCUUUCCUAAUAAGUAUCCUGCAAAUAUUAUCUUCUUUUCUGGGCCUGUAGUUUUUGCAGUUGGGGUAGACUUUGUCUGUAUGUUACAAAGUAUAAUUCAGAUAUGUAGGAUUCGUUUGACAAGGAAAAGAAUGUGUCGGUUAAAUGUCUACCAAGAUGCACAAAUUUACCUUCGAAUCGUGGUGUUGUCAGGAGUGUUUUGGAUGACUGGUAUUCUCGCUACCAUGUUAGAUUCUGAUUUUUUAGAUUAUGUUUUCACAAUUCUCUGUGGACUGCAAGGACUUUGUGUUGCUGUUGCAAAUAUGACCACUGGUCGUGUAAUAAAAUCAAAAAGAAUUUCGAGCAAUGAUAUAUACACUCAAAACACAGUUAGUCUCAAAUUGAGAAAAUUCUAAUACUAUUGGUCUGCCAUGUUUAUAGACUUGACUGAAUUUACCUAAUUGACAUAUACCGGUAUUUUACAAUGGAAACUGUAAAAUGACGUUUUUCGUAGGGCUACUUGUCCUGUUUUUUGUCUUUGUAUUGGGAAUUGUCAUUGAUCAAUUCGGUCCAGAAUAUUGGUCAUUUGAAUGCGGUAGUUCUAAAUACUUUCCUAUUCAGUUUCCUUCAAAUAGUUAUCAAAACUACCAGGAUUAUAAUUUAAUAUUGUCUUCUUUUCUGGACCUGUAGUUUUCGCUGUUGGUGUUGAUUUUGUCUGUAUGGCGUAUUUGAGACACUUUACCACACAUUUGAAA